AACGUGAGUCAUCGCGUUGCCGGGUUUGAUACCAUAAAUGGUUACGAAACUGCACAUAAUAUUGUUGUCGGUUGCAGACAACUAUCACCGGCCGGCGCAUAUGUUUAUACCAAGAUUUGGAUUCUCAUCUGGCAACUGGAGCGACAGUAUGACUGACAAUUUAGAAAAUGAAGAAUCUACUGUAUUGAAAUUUGUCCAAGACUUUUUUAAUAGCUAUGAUAAAAACCGUCAUAUACUCCACACAUUGUUCCCAGAAGAUGGUACAUUUGUUGUGCUUGGCAACCGUAUGGUAGGCCAUUCAUCAAUUCAACAAGCUAUGUUAACAAUGGCUACAACAACUCAUCAACUCUUCAGCAUUGACAUUAAUAAUCUCGACAUGCAAAUGCCAGAAAAAGUAUCAAUGUAUCAAGUAUUAUGUGCAGGUGAUGUCGAGUUUGGAAGUGAUGCACAAAUACACGGAUUUACUGCUACUCUUUUAGUAUAUUUUCAGAGGCCCAAUGUUUUGAAUGUUGUAUCGUUUGACGAACGAUGUCAAUGGCCUAAAUUGUCCUAGUGUUUAAAUUAAUAAAUGUAUAAAAUACCAAAAGGCACAAAAAUGUUUUUUAUUUCAUAAUAUUACACGUUUACACUCUAAA